AUGAGUGGGAAAAAUGAUAUAAACAUCAGUAAUAAGAUGAAGAGGCAAGAACUCUUUGCAGAGAUCAAAGAUCAAAAAAAUAAAGAACGUCAUACAAUGAGAAGACAACGUGCAAAAGAGGAAAGAGAAAAUCCUGAAUUAAAAGAAAAAAGAUUAAAAGAAAAUGUUACUAAGACGAUAGAUAAUAUGAGAGUUUAUGAUGAAACUAUAGCGAAUAAAGAUAAUAAUAUUGAAGGUGAAGAAAUUGAAGUUGAUGAUGAAAAUGAUUUAAUGAGAUUUUUUAAUACAAGUCAUAGAGAUCAUCCGCCAAAGAUUUUUUUAACAACAAAUGUCAAUGCUAAGAAAGCUGCAUAUGAAUUUGCCAAUGUAUUAAUUGAAAUCUUACCAAAUGUUCAAUUCGUUAAACGUAAAUUUGGUUUUAAAUUAAAAGAAAUUGCUGAUAUGUGUAAUAAACGUAAUUUUACUGAUAUGGUAAUAAUCAAUGAAGAUAAAAAAAAAGUUACCGGUUUAACAUUUAUGCAUUUACCAGAAGGUCCAACAUUUUAUUUUAAGAUAAGUUCAUAUGUUGAAGUAUUAAAAAUUGCAGGUCAUGGUAGACCAACAAGUCAUAUACCUGAAUUAGUAUUAAAUAAUUUUCAAACAAAAUUAGGUAAGACAGUUGGUCAAUUAUUUCAAUCUAUAUUCCCACAAAAUCCAGAUUUUGAAGGUCGUCAAGUAAUUACAUUGCAUAAUCAAAGAGAUUAUAUUUUCUUCCGUAGGCAUCGUUACGUCUUUAGAGACGAAGAGAAAGUUGGUUUACAAGAAUUAGGUCCACAAUUUACAAUGAAAUUAAAAAGAUUACAAAGAGGACUCAGAGAAGAAACAGAAUGGGAACACACUCCAGAUAUGGACAAAGACAAAAAGAAAUUCUAUUUGUAG